AUGAGAGAUCCUUGGCAUCAGCCUCUGGUUAUUGGAUUGCAGGGGAUGUUGUAUUUGUGUGGCAGUGGAAGUCUUCCAAGGGCCAUUAUUGGAGUUGUAAAUAUUUCCCAGGAUGAGGUUUAUGGAAGCCAGUAUGAAAUAACAUUUUCUGGCUUCAAUACAUUGCAAGGUGCAGAUUCACUCUACAGAAAUAGUUUCAGCCUCAGUGAUGAAAAGCUUAACUCUCCAACUGCAUCUAUUCCAAGUUUGCCAUCCCCAUCAGUAACUCCAUGUAAAGCAAAGCUUGGAGACACAAAAGAACUGGAAGACUUCAUUGCUCAUCUUGACAGGACACUAGCAAGUAUGUGAAAUGAAUCUUUGGCACUGUGCUUGCCUGUGAAUGUCCUCUGACGGAUAAGUGACAUCAAUCACUGAGAACUGCUGCCCUUGUCUGAUAACUUUGCUCCCAAGAUAUUCACCUUCUGAACAUAACCUUUGUAAACUACAAGUAUUUAACUGGCAACAUCAGUUUUGUAACUUUGCAGCAGAUGGAAUAAGAUAACUGAAGUGUUACAGCUGUAUUUUGCUUUAAAAUACAGCUUAAAUUUUUAAUUUAAAGUUGCUUUUAUGAAAAUAUAUUUGUAAUUUUAUAUAGUUGAGAACUUUUAAUGCUUUUUUCCAUUAUAAUAUAUUUUUGUAUGCAAAUAAACCCUGAA